AAUUCCGCAUGCUUCCGAAUAGAAUACCACGUGAAAUCAGAGAUUGUCUACGCCGAACCGACGGUUUCCAGAGAUCGAAGAGGCGAGAUCUCCUUCAUUCCUCGCGGAGUCGCUAGAGUGUUGCCUGCUUGCGGCUCACGGUCAGCUUUCGGAUUUUCAGUGAGGGGGGAAUCUUUCCCGACGAAAUGUCGGAUACGAAGAAAUCUAGCCCCGAACAGUUCCCCUCGGAACUCACUGAAAAAGUCAGAAAUCUCCACGAGAAGCUCCAAAACCUCGAAAAGCUGCUCGAACCGCUCUUAUCGAGCACUGCCCUAGAAGCGAAGGAGUCAUUGGAUUCGGCGGAUAAAGCUCGUUACGACCUCUCGUUGUGUUAUGGAUUGUCAUCUCUUCUGUGGGCGUACAUGCUGGUCCAGGGCGAAGACCCGAAGGACACCGCUCUGAAACACGAACUGAAUAGAGUUCGAGACUAUAUGACCCGCGUUCAGCAGCUCGAAGAUCGGGUGAAACGACCGCGAUUCGCCCCUGGAACCGCUUCACGGUUCGUACGAAACGCGUUGUACGACCCGGAAAAAAAGAAAGACGACACCGGAAGCGGAGCGACGAGUUCAAGAUGAAGACUUACCGAUCGGCAAUAAUACGUCAUCUACGAAGUUCCAUGCAAAUGAGCCCCACGGAACGAGAAUCAUCCUACAGCACCCUCGGCGACAAGUUGCGCUCCCGGAGUUCAUUGAGCGCAACCUUCUGCGUCCUCACCUCUAUGACCCAUAAGAUCAAGAGAGACAGUGUCCAUCGUCCGCUUGCGUUUCGUGUUCAUCUAUGUACUACCAGAGUGAAGAGGAGCUUUUUUCCGCGAGCUUUUAUUGCCAGUGCCCGAUCGGGGACCCCGGAUCCAUGAAUUAAAUAUAUAUAUAUUAAAUAAAGGUCUCUAUGCAGAGCUCCAGU